AUGAACAUCGCCGGGGAAUAAAAUUUCAAUAUGGCAACCGUAGUAACGUCUGCACGAGUCAGUAUGUUUUGAAUUCGUUGACAAAUCGUGGUGACCGGUCUACGUAUCGCACAUAGAAAGGUGACUGAGUGGAUGGUGACUGUUGAAAAAACAAUUUGAAGAGAAACAUUUAUCUUAAUGAAAGUUUUGUUUUGAAAUUUAACUAUAAAUAAAUAUAGUUAAUUGAAAAAAACUCAACGAUUUAAGAUAAAUUAAAAAUAUCUUUUAGAUAUUUAAAGUUUGAGAAUUUUUGUUAUUCUAUAUAUAUAUUUGGACUGUGCUCUGGAAGGUCAAAAUGGGCAAACAAAACUCUAAACUAAAGCCAGAAGUGCUUGAAGAUUUAAAACAAAAUACAGAAUUUUCAGAUGCUGAAAUUCAAGAAUGGUACAAAGGAUUUUUGAAGGAUUGUCCAAGUGGACAUCUGAGUGUUGAAGAAUUUAAAAAAAUAUAUGGAAAUUUUUUUCCUUAUGGUGAUGCAUCAAAGUUUGCUGAACAUGUCUUCAGAACAUUUGAUGCAAAUGGCGAUGGUACAAUUGACUUUCGGGAGUUUCUCUGUGCCCUGAGUGUGACAUCACGUGGUAAAUUAGAACAAAAAUUAAAGUGGGCCUUUAGCAUGUAUGAUCUAGAUGGAAAUGGUUAUAUAUCACGUCAAGAAAUGCUAGAAAUUGUUACGGCGAUUUAUAAGAUGGUUGGUACUGUUAUGAAAAUGCCAGAAGAUGAAUCAACACCUGAAAAAAGAACAGAUAAAAUAUUUCGUCAAAUGGAUAAAAAUAAAGAUGGUAAAUUAUCACUUGAAGAAUUUAUUGAGGGUGCUAAAAGUGAUCCGUCUAUUGUGCGACUAUUGCAGUGCGAUCCAAGUGCACAGGCUCAGUGAAUUAUUUGGAUUUAUAUUAAAUAUUUAAUCCUAAUAAUAUCGGGUCAUUAUUCAACAAUAUCAUCACUUAUUUUGUAUAUGAAAAUGCCCAAUCAUUAUAAUCAUUUUGUCAUCAAUAACACGAGUUUAAACUCAAUUUAAAAAUACAAAAAAUAAAAAUAAAAAAAACAUUAUUAAUUAAUUAACUUUAAAAAAAAGUAAUUAAUAUAUUAUUAAGUUUUUAAAAUGACGUAGAUUAUUAUAGACUGACUUUGUGACUAGAGCAAGUUAACAAAUAAAUAAAAUAGGUAAAAAAAAAAAUAGAUAAACGACAAUUGAUAUUAUUUUGCGACAAAUUUUCAUGUCAUUUUACUUUUUUUUUUUUUGUUUAAAAUGUGUAUGAUGAUUAUUAAUGAUUGGGUGUUUUUAUUGGCCACAUCGUCGACGAGGAUUUUUGUUGAUUGAAUUUUGCCCUGAUAAUAAUAAAUUCAAUGUCACUGAGCCCAGUGCACUUGCGCAGACCGCAAACUAGUCUGCAAGACUAGUCGUGUCGCUCCUUCGUUUUUUUUUUUUAAUUUAAAUUUUAUAAUUUUAAGUAAAAUGACGAAAUUAAAUUAUAAGAUAAUUUAAUUUGUAAAAAAAAGAAAAACAAAACGUAAAUCUGUAAAAGAUUUAUGGAAAAAACAGAAAAAAAACUAAAUAAUUCAUGUGUUUUCGUACAAUUAUUUAUAAUUUACAUGUUAUUUGUGAUUUUUUGUGUUUUUUUCUUUUUUUUUUCUUCACUGUCAUAUUUAGAAUUUUUCAUAUAUUAUAUUAGCUAUUAGAUUUAUGUCAUUGCACAAGUAAAAAAUAAUUAUUUUUCAUUAAAAAAGUUUUUUAAAAGCUAUACUUUGAUUUAAUUUAAAAACAAUUUGUUUGUUUUUUUAUUAUAAAAAUAUGAAAAUCAUGAGGGAAUACUGGAUGUGAGCUUGAAUUGAUUAUUGGAAAUACAAAUAAUUAAUUCAUACACCCACAUUAAUUACAAGAGUUAUUGACUUUAUUUUCGAGUGAUAUUGACAGGCGAAAAAAAAAAAUUAUUCAAGAGAUCCAAGUUGUGUCAAAUUCAGUAUAUAUUUUAGUCAUCAAAAAUUAAAUUAUCAUUGAAAUAUUAAACAGUAGAUAUUCUACAUAAAUUAGUAUAAAUAUUUGUUUUUUUUUUUUUCUCGUGUGUAAUAUUUGUGUUGUGUUUAAUUUUUUUUUUUUAAAAACUUAUUAUUAAUUAAUUAAUUUAAAAUUCCUGGAGUCCUCAUCGACGAUUUAAGGCACAAAAGCUCAAACUUAUAUACAUAAUUAUCAUAUUAAUAAUUACUGUGUGUUGUGUUUUUGUAUUAAUAUUUUAUUUCCACUAGAAAAAAUAGAAAAGAAAAAAAAAGAAAAGACAUUUAAAUUUUUCCUUUUUUUUUUUUCUUUUCUUUAUAUACUGGCAAAUGAGUCUCAAUGCUGGAUGACGUAGAGUUAAAAAAAAAAUGAGGUCAAGUAACCUCGUAAUAAAAAAAAAAAAAAAGUUGAAAAAUAUUAAAUCACUAUUGCC